AUGCCCGCCGCCAACCCGAACGAGCCAAGUCCCGCGGCCCAGACCCCAGCUUCCCCUCCUGCCGCGCUCAACUCCGCACCUGCGCGUGCCAACGAACCCCCCUCACAGGAGGACGGCGUGCUGCAGAGCCCGGCCUCAGAUGUCGACUCGCAUAGCUCGCAAGACGGCUCUUCUCCAUCGGAGGGACCCGUUACCACAGCAGAUGAGCACUUCGCCCGUCGCGCCGAUCAGGUUGCCGUCGCCGUCGCUGUCGCCGCCGGGGCGCCGGAAGGGCCAGCGACCACUCGUAAAGAUGACGCGGUAGAGGACGAUGACGAUGACUGGUUCGUUGACAAGGGCGGACCCACCCCCCCGACUGGCACAGUGAAGAGCAACAUAAGGCCGACGGGAGUUAAGACCCAGGUAGCCCAGGAGCCCAAGAAGCCCAGUUGA